UCCAAUCUCAUAUCCUUCUCAUCCUAAUUCAUCAUUUCACUUCUCAUAUCAACAAAAGCUCUUUAUGAUUUCCACAUAUAUUCUCUCACCAAACGACGGGCACAUCUAUUUUGACGUCUCGUCUCAUUUACUUGUAGCAUGGCUUCAUUGGAAAUAGCAAAUACGUCAACAUUAGUUAGCCAUGCUAGUGUUAGUGAAGCAAAGCUCAAAGAUGGAGACACACAGACGCAGCCUAUUCGAACCGUAGCAUCUUUGCAGGCCCAAAUCUUCAGACACGUUCAUCCGGUUUUGCUUAUCUCAUUCUGCCUCAUAAGCUUUGAUGCUCUCGUUGCAGAUCCUGUUUCGACCAUGUUAAACUCCCUUCCCGUCGUCGUCGCCAUACAAGCUGCGUAUGCUAUUGUGUGCUUGCCAGCAGUAGGCUCUCAGGUUGCCAAGCCGGCUAAGAAGCUCCGUCCCGGGGAGAAGAGAAAGCCCGGACUGGAGGCCCACACCGGCCCGAACAUCGCGGUAACGACGCUCGUUGCUCUCAUCUUGUCAGUCAUUGCCACUCUAGGACUACAUGUUGUUCUUGUCCUAUUUGGAGCCCCCCUUUUGACUCACAUACCUCAUACGCUCCUCUGCUCAACGUAUCUGGCUGUCCUUGGCCUGUUCCCACUCCUAUAUACCCGUGGUGUAUCAGGCAGAGACUGGUUAGAAAUCCUGAGCGUGCGAGCCCCCCUCGACGAAGCAUUUGGAGGCUUGAUAGGUGCCUGUGUGGGAGCUUGGCUUGGUGCUGUACCAAUUCCCCUAGACUGGGAUCGAGAAUGGCAGAAGUGGCCUGUGACGAUUGUGUGUGGGAUCUAUGCUGGCUACUUGACUGGGAAGUUACUGGGAGGCACUGUCGCCUUUGGAUCGAGGCUUGGCUGACACUCGACUUUCGACUGUCCCCUGAGAAAGCCCUAGAUGUCCCUUGCCAGCACCUUUACCUUGCCUUGCCUCCCUAUCUUGUAGUACUUUGUACAUACUCCGCUUAUAUUACAUAGAAUCCACCCAGUGUCUAGAUAACUGAUAUUAUUCUUCUGA